UAUUGAUCGCUGAACUCUUCUGUGAAGAGGGAAAAAGAAAAACAAUUAUUGAUUUAAUUGUUACUUUAAGGUCAAACGUUGAUUGAAUACAGGACCCCGGUCUACCCCUUGCUGGUUUUUGCUACGCCCAAACUAUAAUUCGUUAUGUCUAUUGAGGGAUCAUUUUCCAUCUGAAAGCAACGUGUGUCACAAAUUGCAAGUCUGUCAUUAGUUGUUUUCAUUUCUAAUGAUUUAUUAUAUAAAAGUAUAUUCAUUUUGGAAGCUUAAUUAUUAGGAAGAGGUCGUGUCGAUCACACUGCUUUUGUUUCGAGCCUCGUUGGCUGUUUGACCUAAGCGAAGUUUCCUAUCGCUGCUGACCCAGUGCACUGGGAUGUACCUCAGCGGAGGAAAUGGUUAACUGUCAUUGGACAUCCUCCUGUUUUCCGGGAUAGUCGUUUUUAGGUGUGCAGUGACAUUCAGGAGACAUGUGACUGUUGUGGAUGAGGUGUGAACAGCUGGAGAGAAACCGGAGGAGACUGGACUGCAGCGUUUUUCUGUUAGGAAUUCUUGUGGGGGGUGGGUGGGGGUGCUGGACUGCGCACACACCCCUCAACACUCAUCAAGACAUUGCAACAUGAACACUACCUCCUCCUCUGAAGAGGGAGAUGGCAUUAUCCACUAUGUGCUGCUGCCAAUCUUCUUCAUCGCCAUCGUCGGGGUUUCUGCUGCUGGGGUGCUGUACAUGUCUAAGAAGAGAAGGAUCGAUCGAUUGCGUCACCAGCUGGUUCCUGUCUAUACGUACGACCCGUUGGAGGAAGAGGAGGAAGAGGAGACGGAACGGGACGUCCUGUUGAGGAGCGAAAAUGCAGAGGCGAUUCAGGGCUGGACAGGGUUCUAUCAGCAUCAGCACCCCCUACUGGUGAAGAACGGAAGUGCAUGAUAAGCUGGUAAUGUGCUGAAGCCAGAUAGCAUUGUAGUCAUGCAUGAGGACCACACCCACUUCUCACACGGUCUUUCCUUAUCCUAUUUAAUCCUCUGUACUGAACAGGAAUAGUUUCUCAUGAGUGACACACCUUUCCCUUUACCUCACCAUUACUGUGUAUUGGUGUAUUUCAGAAUUAUUUAAUAUUUAUAAUUAAAAAAACCCAGCUUGAAUCAGAUUGAAUGAACCAAAUCCAAAAGUGGGUUGCAUACCUUUUUUAGUUACAUCUGUGCAGUGAAUAAAAUUUUUUAAAGAAGUUUCUUUAAUACUGUAAUAUGAGCACCUUUAACAGAACAGAAAUACAGAUAUACAAAGAGAAAGACAUCUUGCAGAAAGGUACUGUUUACAAACAUAAAACUGUCCCUCCAGGGAAAACGAGCAGUAAACUGUCAAAUUUUUUAAAUCUUUUU